AUGGCCAGAAAAAAUUAUACUUCACUGACGGAGUUCAUUCUUUUGGGAUUAACAGACACAUUGGAGCUACAGGUUAUCCUCUUUUGCCUUUUUUCUAUGAUUUAUAUGCUUACAUUUGUGGGGAAUGUUGGGAUGAUCCUCUUAAUCAGAAUGGAUUUCCGACUUCACACACCCAUGUAUUUCUUCCUGGCUAACCUGUCCUUUGUGGAUGUUUGUUAUUCAUCCACCAUCACCCCAAAGAUGCUGGUAGAUUUAUUAUCAGAGAAGAAGUCCAUCUCCUUUGCUGGCUGCUUUUUGCAGAUGUACUUCUUUAUAGCCUUGGCCACAACUGAAUGCAUCCUUUUUGGGUUAAUGGCCUAUGACCGCUAUGUGGCCAUAUGCAACCCUCUCCUUUACCCCUUGAUCAUGUCCAGGAUGGUCUGCCUGAAAAUGGCCACAGGGGCUUUUACAGCGGGCCUGGUGAACUCCAUGGUAAACACCAGUUAUGUAAGCAGCUUGCCAUUCUGCAGUUCCAAUGUCAUCCAUCACUUCUUCUGUGACAGCCCCCCACUUUUUAAGCUCUCCUGUUCUGACACACACCUGCAAGAAAGCAUCUUUUCCACAUUCGCUGGUGUGAAUAUGGUUGGGGCUCUGCUGGUGAUUCUCACCUCCUACUGCUACAUUCUCUUCUCCAUCUUCCGUGUGCAUGCAGGGGCGGGGAGGCGCAAGGCGUCCUCCACGUGUGCGUCUCACCUGACAGCCGUCAUCCUGUUCUAUUCCACCUCCAUCUACACUUAUCUGAGACCUACUUCCAGCUACUCUUUGAAUCAGGACAAAGUGGCUUCUGUGUUCUACACAGCGGUGAUCCCCAUGUUGAAUCCUCUGAUAUACAGCCUCCGGAAUAAGGAAGUAAAGAAGGCUUUAUGGAAUGUGAUUACUAGGAAAAUAGUCCCUCUAUUUCUAGGAUUGUUGCCUUAA